AUUGAGAGGAUUGAGAGCGAAACCCCAGAAGAAGAUCAGACCGAGGACCUUCACCUUAACUCCGCAGCUCUAUCAUCAGCCUGAUCAUCAUGUCUCCUGCUGCAGACCUUGGCCGGGUGCUGUGUAUCAUCACCGGAGCCUCCAGAGGUUUCGGACGGGCCGUGGCCCGGGACUUGGCUCGGUUGGUUCAGCCGGGCUCGGCUCUGGUUCUGGUGGCCCGAUCCGGGCCCGACCUGCGGGCCUUGCAGGCGGAGCUGACCGAGUCCGAGGCGGGCAGAGCCGGACUGAAGGUGGAGGUGGUGGUGGCGGAUGUGGGGAAGGUGGAGGGCCUGGAGGACAUCCUGAGAACAUCUAAGGAAGCUUUUUAUGAAGACAUGGAUCACAUCCUGCUGAUCAACAACGCAGCCUCUCUGGGCGACGUGUCCAAGUACGUCAGAGACUUCAGCGACAUGUCCGAGGUGGACUCCUACCUCUCCCUGAACGUCAGCUCAGCCAUGUGUCUCACUGCCAGGAUGCUGCAGGCCUUCCCGCAGCAUCCUGGUCUGCGGCGCUCCGUCGUCAACGUCACCUCGCUCUGCGCCCUGCAGCCUUUCCGCUCCUGGGCGCUUUACUGCACCGGCAAGGCUGCACGGGAAAUGAUGUUCAAGGUUCUGGCUGAAGAGGAGCCGGACCUCAGGGUGCUCAGCUACUCUCCAGGACCUCUGGACACAGAUAUGCAGGUGGAGGCCAGGUCCAAAACGGCCGAUCAGACCAUCAAGAAGAAGUUUUCUGGCAUGUUCGCUCAGGGUCAGCUGCUGACAUGUGAGGCGUCCUCGGCCAAGCUGAUGAAGGUUCUUCUAGACGACAAGUUCACGUCAGGAGACCACGUGGACGUCUACGACAACUAGAACCAGGAGCAGAACGUCUGCUCUCAGUCUUAUUAUUGUUGCCUGAAUGUUGUCUUAGAUUUUUAGUUGAACCUUUGAACGUUUCUGUCUUUUGAUCUAGUCGUCAUGGAAACGUUUCAACCUGCAGGCUAGCUUUAGCUCCUCUGGAGGAACUGUCCGCCUCACGUCGGACCAGGGGAACUGGUCUUUGAGGGACCACAGAGCUGCUUUUCUUCCGGUCAACGCUGGUUGGAGGCUGGAGGAUCUAAGCGGUUCUGAGAGAUCUGGUUCUCCUGGUCCAAGUUCUGAUCUGUGGGAUCCGAAUCCCGUCUGAUCGGCCGUACGACCCACCAAACCCUCCCCUGAUCCUGAUCCGCUCCUCUUUCUCUCCUCACCUCAGAACUUCUGCUCCUUGGUGUAUCAUGAGCAGAUCCUGACCCCUGCAGACGGGGUGGGGGGUUUACCCCGCCCUGCUGCAGUGGUGCUGCUGGCAGCAGUCAGGAUGUUCUGACGGAGGAAAGGUCCAAACCAGACCGCUUUAAACGGUGCUGGAGGUGGAAACAUGAUUUAAAAUCGAAUUUUGACUCCAAGGUGAAUCAAAAAAUCUCAAAACUGAAGAAAGAUACAGAAAACUAUAGGAGAUAAGAUUCUGUUAUUUGCUUAUAGAUCUAGAACAGAAGGAACUUUCUAUCAUCUGCAGGGUUAAUAGGAUCCAGAACAGCUUCUAGAAAUCAAUCUUAACAGAUCCUGCUUCAUUUUUUUGGAGAAAUGUCUCCAUUAAGACAGGGUUCUGUUUAUUCUAGUCGGAUCAGAACAUGUGCGACUGGAGGAUGAGACCUGGUGUUGGACCGCGUCCAGAUCAAACAGGAACCUGUUUAUAUUUAACAGGGUCCGGACCUUCAACAGCAGCAUGUUCCGCUCCAGCUGUAAUGUUGGGUCAGUAGGUGACCUGGGAAGGCGGAGCACUGCAGCACCGUCUGGUUCGGUCCAAAGUAGCAGGAUCAGCAGAGGGAUUGUUCUGGUUUAUCUUGAAUCCAUCAUCAGAGCAGUGAAUCAUUCAGAAAUGUUUGAUCAUGGAGAGCUUCAUGUUUCUGUCCUGAUCUCCACAGUGCCUUGUUUAUCCAGAGGGUCCAGCCUGACCAAUUAUUGUUUUAUUCUUUAUUCUUCUUUUAUUAAUUUAGAUAUUUUUAUAUGCAUGUGGAUCAGUAAUCUGUUUUUGUAUCGUCCUGCUGGGUCCGUUGGCCAAAUGUGUUCAAUAAUCUCAAUGUUUGGUUCCAGCAUCAUAGAAAUAAAUAAUUAGAAAACAGAAAA